GAAGAAGACUUGCGAUGUUUUAGCUAAUGAUCCUAAGUAUGAUAUGUAUGAGACGAUGAAUCAAAUUGCUCUAAUGUACCCUAUCCACCGGCGCAUCAUGUUAAAAAAACUUAUGAAGGGGAAAUCACCCGCCGUACUCAUUGCCAAUAAUGAGGAAAUUAGCAAGUACAAGGUAAAAAGGUUUAAUUCUCCAACACCAAAGAGAUACAGAAAAAUUGCCGGCCCUACCUCGCUUAGUCCGAGAUGA